AUGCAGGAAAACGUAAUGACAAAAAUAAAUGAUGCCAAGUCGUGCCUAAUGGGCUUCUUGGGCAGCACUAAAGCGACAAAUGUUCUACAGGAGGAGUCUGGCCAGAAAAACAUGAACAAAUCGAAAGAGGAUGUAGAAAGAGCGGAGGUGAGUAGCUUGAGUGGAAAGGUCCAAGAGGAUUCGUUAUCUGCUCACCAAGAUUCGGAUGUUUUAAAAAAAAGGAAAACCGGGACUGUUCUGAGCAGACGAAGUGACAACUGCGAGACAUGCAUAGGGGAAAGCAAGGAAGAAGAUAGUAUUGCAGCGUCCACCGGAGGGAAUGAAGACGCAGGAAAGCAAGUAUGCGAAACGGACGCAAAGGAAAAGGAUGAUUUGGGAAAGGAAUGCUCUACAUCGGAAAAAAAAAUAAGUAUACAUUUGAUGGAACGAAACAACCUCUCGGACGUACAAUACAUGGAAAGUCUGAAAUGCGAAAUUGUUGAAAAACAAGACGGACAGCCUAUCCAAAAAUAUGAGAGCAAGCUGAACCCAGUGGCCCCUGAGUUCAAGCCGCAGAACUCGCUCUACGUACACACAACGAAAAAUCUAGUAAUGCUGAUAAAAUCCUUCGGGUACCAGGGCAUCAAGAUGGAAAAAAUUUCGGGGGAAUACUGCAAGAAGUACAACGCCCUCCUCAAUCUGAGGCACGCAGGAUUUACCAACAUUUACAAUAUGGUCAGGAGCCUGGACCACUGCUUGAUUUGUGAGGAGGUGGAAAAAACAGCAGAUAAAGCAGCGAACACAUCGACGGGAAAAUGUGAGGAGCCGCAUGACAAGGAGUCCACCCCAAAUGAACCAAAGGAAACAAAUCACGACUCAGAAAAGAACCUAAUCAUAAAAUAUAAAACGCCAAAAAUGAACGAAGACAAACAAUUUUUUCUAAAAGUCAUUCUAGGCACGAUAGGAGAAUGCACCAACUACAAUUCUAACUUAACGGAGGAAGAAACACCAGCGAGUUGUAGUGUCUCCUUGACGAAGCUGCAGCAGGAGGUGAAGAAGCUCUUCGGGUCGUCUUUCAAUUUAAAAAUAUUGCAAACCAGAUGUGGAAUAGACAAACUUCAAGCCUUCCUAGAAGAGGUCCAAGAAAUAGAAAUAAUAUCACUUCCUAAUGAUGUGAAACUUAGAAUUACUCCACUAACUUAUAGUCAUAAGAUUCCGGAUCUGAAGUCGAUAAGGUCGUUACCGAGCAAUGAGUUCAAAGUUAGUGCACCCUCCAAAAUGGGUAGCAAAAAAGUUCCCGUCUCGACACAUUUCAAUGAUCAGGAUUUUAGGUCGAAUUCAUUUAACGGGGGGGACAAUAGUAUCCUUAGUGCACUAAACAGCAGGGGAAGAGGAUCCCUUAGCAAUGCACAUCUGGGGAGUGUACUCACUGCGAACAAUGACGCUAAGAAGAAAAAAUUUAAUUCCAAUGGGAGUUUUAUUUUGCCGACUUCCAAGUCGCAUGAGCGUAUCUGGAAGGGUGUUAGCGGUGGGAGUAUACAUCGAAGUGGUAGCAGCCUGGUUAAUGGCGUAUUUUCUAACAACGUGCUUGGUGACGGCGACGGCGAUGGGGACAGUGAGUCGGCCCUCCAAAUGAAGGGGAGUUUUUCCCAGGAACCCUGCACCAAUUUGAUAUGCAAACUUAACAGACAGAGUAGCCAUGACAACUCGUGCAUGUACUCCAGCGACUGGGUAGGCAUCCAGGGACAGAAGCAUCAUUCAAAGGAGUACUCAAAGGGGAGUCAUAAUCUGAGUCAACACCACAGUCGUAACUUGAGCCACCACCCAAGCCACAACCAGGAACAACACCCCUUCAUCAAAAUGCUAACGAAGGCACAACUACAUAUUCUGCUGUACCAGCUGGUAGUUGUCCUCACGCAGAGGCAGAAGAUGGAGUGGGAAGACAUAGUAAAAAUAAAGGAGGAAUUGCUCCACCAGGGUAGUAGCAAGACAUACGAAAAUGAGAACUUGGGAAGGAGCGAACUGGAGGUCAGCAGGGAUGAAGUGCAUGUUAAUAAAGUAGAGGUAGAUGGUGACAGUGCAAAGGAGAGUAGCAUUGCAAAGGAAGCACCGAAUGCAGUCCAAACUGGGGAUGACAAAGUAGAAGAGCAACAAAACAACUCAACCACGAACACGUCCGAUUUUGUGCAUGAAAUUUUCAUCACACAAGAAACGGCCAAGCAGAGCAUAUCGGACAAGACACCAUCUGGCGAAUAUUCGAAGGACCCACUAUCGAGUUCGCUUGAGAAGGGCACAACCGAAGAUGCAUCUCAAAACAUCAUCGGCGUGUUUGUUUCCUCCAUUAAGAGUGAAUGGAACAAGGCCUACUCGGAGCAGUACCCGUUGAGCUUCUACCUAAACCACUACAAGGCAAAGAAGCUGAGGAGACUUCUGGAGGAAAUUCCGAACCUUGUUAUUGCCGGGUGUAGUAGGAGCAUACAGGUCUUCACCCUAGAUACUGCUCAGUAUUUUUAUGACAAUUUUUCUUCCGAGGAGCUUUCUAGUUUGAAGCCGUUCGCCCGGUCCAAGUUCACCCCGAUGAGUGCCUCACACUACUUCAAGGACGCUACGUAUAAGGACGUCGCUGAGGAAUUCGCCAGAGGGGACUGCUCAAAGAUGAUGAAGGUGCUAGGACUGGAUCAUCUGAAGCCCCCACGCUCAACCGUCAGCAAGAGCUAUGAAAAAAUUAUGAGCAAGUCCAGGAAAAACCGCAGCAGUAACCGCAUGGACAGUUACAUUCACUACAGCAACAAAAAUUUCGGGCGCCCCCAUGGGGGAGGUUCAUUUGUGAGCAGUGAAGGGGGUCCCUUCCUUCAGGGUGUACCAUUCGUGCAGAGCAGUGGAGAGCAGACCAACCUAGAAAUGCUACGGUACCACCUGCACAAGCUUCUCUACAACCUAGUAAUCCACGUUUGCAAAAAUCAGAACGCGCUAUACCUAGCAUAUAAGAAAAGUGGAGUUAUCCUGAGCGAGUAUGAAAUGAACAAACAGAUGUGUGGCCCGAUCUACUACUCCUCCGACUUAACGUAUGAAGAUUUCAUAACAGACAGACAAAGUUUAUUUGAAAAGGAACAGGUAGCCAAGACACUCUUCCUCCUCUCUCAACAUGGGAUCUAUGGAAUCAAAUUCAUACAUCUAACUAAUGAGUGGUACAAGCUGUACAGGUGCGAGUUACGGCCCCUCAUGCGUAUAUGUGAAUACAGUGAAAUCGGGAAGAUGAUCUGUAGCAUGCCUAAUGUGCUUGUCGUAGGAGAGGGGUUCGACACGAAGUACAUUCCCAGCAUGGACCUCGACGGGGAGCGAAACCAGUUGGACGAAUUUUCCCCCGGCAGCCUCGCCAAAAUGAUCUCCAACAAUUUCCCGCAAAACCUCCCCGCUGCCUUCCCAAGAAGAUCGCAUGCCGGAGAACCCACUCAGACGCAUAAGAGUGGGCCCUAUGAAAGCAUCAUGGAGGUCCUAUUCCCAAAUAUAACAUCCCAGAGGAGUAGGAACUUACAAAAAAGCCACAGCGGAACUGUUCCCUUUUUUAGGAACAACAUCGGCAGCUAUGGAAAGGACACGUCUUCCUUCUUCGGCGCGUCCAGCAACUGCGCAUCCAAGGGGGACAUAAAUAUAAGUAGCUUAUUCAGAAAUUUGUAA